AUGAAGAACAUCGUGAAAUCCGGCGAAGUAGAUGCAGAUGCUUCUUCUUCAUUCAGUCGUCUGCCAGAUGAAAUAAUCCUCCAGAUUUUAAACAAAUUAAUCGAUUUGAAAACCCUUUGCUUUUGCUAUCUCAUUUGCAGACGUUUCUCCUCGAUUGUACUUCAAGUCGAUGUCAUUUCCUUCACUGCUCCUUUCUUAGAACCUAAAAUUCCCGAUAAGACAACCGCCGGUGAUGUUGCCCCGCUUCCGCCUAAACUUUCUUCGUAUUACGGCACUGAAGCAACUUCAAGUAACAACUAA